AUAUCAAAAUUAUUAGAUGAAGAGGAAGAGGACGAUUUUUACAAAACUUCUUACGGAGGAUUUAGUGAAACUGCUGAUGAUCGAGAUUACAUUCAAAAAAACGACGAUGAGGAAGAUGUAGUGGAUUCCGACUUUAGUAUCGACGAAAAUGACGAGCCAGUUUCCGACCAGGAGGAACAAGCACCGAAGAGGCGGAAGAAAUUGGUCACUAAAGCUUAUAAGGAACCGGUAACCAGAAAGCCUAAAAUCACCGCCAAAACGGCAAAACCCAAGGCGGAACCUCGUCAAAAAUCUCCCAAGAAACGCGAUAGGGGUAGUCUAGCUUCGUACACGGUACUCGAUUCCGGACGAAAGUCAUUUCGGAAGUCCACUGCAGCCAAAACUGCUGCCACACAAAACCGUCUUAAACAACGGAUUGAAGCCGAUAAACGCAAACCCAAGAUUGUUAAAGUGGAGGAGUACAUUCCCACCCAGGAAGAACUGCUGGAGGAAGCGGAAAUCACCGAGAAACAAAAUCUCAAAUCUUUGGAAAAAUUUCGACGAAUGGAGCUUGAGAAAAAAAAGCAUCGUCCAACGAAGCGAGUUUUCGUGGGUCCUAUUAUACGAUAUCAAUCAUUGACCAUGCCACUGGCAGAAGAAUUCCAACCCGCUAAGAGCAGUAGUGCUAUUAAUACAUCGUCUGAAUCAAUGUCUUCGCCAUUCAAAAUGGAGGCUGAGGAAGGGGAGGACAAAGAGAAAACACCCCGUGAAAAACUGCCAACAAAAAAGAGCAAAAGGGGCUCUAAAACAGACGUUCGGGGUGGUCGAUGUGAGAGAACUUUCAUCACUUUUGAGAACGACAUCGACGAAACUUUGUUUGGCGCGUACUUUCCCAAGAUUCCUAAACGUGAACACCGGAGUCAGAUUUGUGCCAUCACGAGACUACCGGCCCGAUACUUCGAUCCUGUUACGCAGCUGCCCUACCGCAAUCAGCAAGCAUUUAAAAUUCUUCGCGAAGCCUACUACCAACAGCUAGAAGAUAGAGGUAAUCCCGACAAUCCGGAUGUCAGCAAAUGGCUCGAAUGGCGUAAGAAGAUAAAAGAGUUCCGGGCCAAAAGUUUGAAUAAAAUCAGUCCGCUCAUGGGAAUGAUCUCGACCUCAUCGAGUACUAGCACUGCGUAGUCAGCAUCCGAAAAAAAAAACAGGUGAGCAUUCUAAGAGUAGAAAUAAUGAAUUUUGAAUACAGUUUUGAACAUA